AUGCGUCGACGAACUGCCGCCUCAAUUGCGCUCGUUGCUCUCCUCGGCUCCUCGGCCCCGUCAGACGAGUGGACAGGCAUGUCGCAGGGUAGCAGAGGGCGAAGAAGAGCGCUUUUCGGAUGGACGGGAGCGACUGCGCAGACUACAGGGCUCACAGGACGAUGGUCACAAUCUUCCGCCCUUCUCUCGCCAGACGACGAUCCAACACUAGUAGUCGUCUCGGGGAAAGAGACGGUCGCCGGCCAGACAGUCUCCUCCACCCCGUCGACCUCUUCUUCCCUCUACCUCAACCUCUCGAACCCAAUCACCGACCUCUCGUCUCCACCCUGGCAAGACUUUGCCACCGCAGCACCUAUCGCAUCCUACGCAUCUCUCGUCCCACUCUCCUCCUCUUCGGCCCUCUUCUUCGGCGGCGACGCAUCGAGCGAUCCUACCUUCGCCGUCCAGACCGGCAACGACAGCUCCUGGCUGCUCUCCCUCACCUCGACCUCGACUUCCCUCACACCCUCCUGGACGCACGAGACCGCCGAUCUCUGGCCGAGCCAGCCCGAGCGACGAGAAUCCGCCUUUACCGCCUCGGCGACGAACGGGACUCUCACCCGAGCAUGGGUAUUCGGCGGUCAACGCGCCGAUAGGUCGGGAACGACGUUUGGCGAGAUGUGGGAACUGCAAGUGACGGUGGAUGCGAAGGGUGGAGUGUCCGCACCGCGCUGGGCGAUGUGGAGCGGGACAGGCGGUCCUCCGCCGACCUACGACGGGACGGCCGUCCUCGUACCGAGCACGCAGUCAAAUGUGAUGCCGAGCAUUCACCUCAUCGGCGGCGUGCAAGUCGUCGACGGCUCGUCAACUCUCGCGCCGCUCGACUCGGUCUGGGUCUUUACCCCGAACGCAAGGCUGGGCGGCGGGUCAUGGGAGCAAGUCAAGAUGCGGAAUGCGCCUAACGGCAGGAGAGGUCACGUUGCGGUUGAAGUAGGAGCGGGCAAGAUCUGGGUUCAAGGUGGACGGAGUGCGGAUGGCUCGACGGUCAUGAGGGACUCGGCGCUGCUUGACACGCAGAAGAAGACCUGGACGAGGACAAAGGCGGGUCAGCAGGUAUGGGGACAGUCGGUGGCCAUGGUUGGCGAGACGGUUGUGAUGGCUUUCGGCUAUGGCGUCAACUCGCCCGCUUCAACCGCGCUCUCGGUCUACGCUCCAGCCAACGACACCUGGCUCACGGCCUACUACCCUUCCUUUGUCACCAUCCCGCCGACCAACCCGAAAGCUUCCGGCCAGACGACGCCCGCCGCUUCUCCCGCCGCGUCCUCCACUCCGGCUGCACCUUCCGACCCUAAUACCUCCCCGUCAGACUCGUCAUCUACCGCGCCCGAAUCAGCGUCUCCCGGCGCGGGCAGCUCGUCCGACUCGUCUUCCUCCUCUCAGUCCAGCUCGUCCAGCAACGGGUCAAGCGGCGCGCCAGAAUGGACUGCGCCAGGUUCGGCCGCGUCCCCUUCAUCCGGAGGCGGCGACUCAAGCAGUGGCAGCUCCGCGGGAGACGGCACCAGUAAGCCCUCAGGCGGAAUUGUCGCGGGCGCAGUCGUCGGUGGCAUCCUCGGCGCGCUCGCUCUCGGCGUAGCAGGCGCCUUCGCAGUCCGCCGCUACCGCGACAACUCGCGACACUCUUACACAGGCGACGACGACUUCUACGCUCGGCCGUUCGCGGGAGGAGCGAGCGGAGGAGGAAGCUUGAUGGCCGAGCACCGCAUGAACGGCGGGUUCGCCAGCAGCGAGGCGUACAACCUCGGCAAAGUCGCUCCUCCUGCAGCCGCCUCGGCCGGCGUCCUUGGCGCUCUAGCAGGGUUCCUCAGCCCGAGGGACAAGUUUACUUCUCUCGCUGGCACGAGGCGGAAGCGCCGCUUUGAUAUGCUCAAGGACGAGGAGAACGACGAUACGUGGGACGCGGGCAUGAAGGAAGGGUGGGUCCGCUUCGACGAGGACGAGCCGAGCGGACACGACAGGACUGGAUCGGCGUCGUCUGCGUCGCUCAAGGGUCGAGGAGGGAUGGCGAUCUGGGAUGGGUUUGGCGGGAUUGCGCCUGGUGUUGGGCGCUUUGGAGACUCGAUCAGGUCGUCGAGGUCGUAUUUGGGCGGAGCGCUCGGCGGGUUCAUCGGCAUCGCAGGCGGCGCGGCGGCGAGACGAGCGGGUCCUGCGCAGGAUGAGGAGCUGGACGAGAAGCGCUCGCUCGAUCACCAUUACGGCGGCAUUGCGCGCGCUGGACUCGAGGAACAGGCGGAUCCGGCAUUGACGCCUAUCGCCGAGUGGGAAGAGGAGGAUGCCCGAUCCGAGCCUGACGAUUCGCGGACGCUCGAGAGCGGCCACACGCACACGACGGGUACCUACGACGCACCUUCAUCGUCGACAACCCAUCGCACCGCCUCGACACGACCGACCAGCUGCGAGAUCAGCCCGACCAAGGCGUCUCGCAUCGUUCGUCCCUUCUCCCCUGCAUCCGUCACCUCACUCUACGGGUCCAACUUUGCAUCUCAGUACGCCGGCGGGCCUGCUUUGAACCGCACGUCGUCCAACCAGAGUCACGCCAGCAGCCGCUUCCUCUCGCGCAACAACUCGUCGUGGUGGAGCCGCCUCAACUUGCAGAAGGCGCAUCAAGGCGGUGAAGUGCCGACUCUUACCGCCUUUGAAGCCAUCCGCGACCCAGCGCCUGCACCAUCUCUCGCUACGAUUCCGGACGACCCGUUCGUCGACCCGUUCGUCGACCCGACUCCUUCCCUCCCGCCUCCAUCUUCCGAAUCUGCCGUCCCUUCCGCCGCCCCACUACGGCAGCUUUCGGCUCGCGUUACCCGACCAGACGAACAUGGCCGCUUCGACAGUCGUGUCGAGCGACUCGUGCGAGGCGAGCACGACCGCUCCGUCUCGUCCAAUACGUCGGACGUGACUGCCACUUCCUCCGUCCUUGAAGAGCGACUGCGAGGAAUGGACGUCGUGCAGCGUGUACGGACCGGAAGCGGCGGCGACUCGUCAACAGAGGUUACCCCAACUUUGGGACACACGGCCGAUGGUGCUUUCGGUCGUCUGCCUGAGGCGUUGACAUCGACCCUGCAUGUUGUGCCUGCGCCCAACCCUUUCGCCGAUCCUGCGCCUGCGCCUCCACCCAAGACGGGCGCAACACCGUCGAGCAGUCCUCGCAAGCCCGUCCUUCCUAUCUCGAUCCUCCCGCCUACCCCGACCUAUGCGCCGCCCGACUCGCCUCGUCGCAACCGUCUUGCCGGUCCUCGACCACAGCCUCUCUCCCCCUCAGCCGCGCCCUCGACGUUCAGCCUCCCUCGGUCCAACAGCGUCAAGGACCUCGUCGCCAACAUCGAGCGUCGCAACUCGCAGCAUUCGCUCGCUUCGUUGGCCGCUCCUGCAGCUCCCUCGCCGCAGAAGAAGCGCGCCAAGGUCGAGCACGGGCUCGUCAAGAAGCAGCAACUCUAUAUUGCGAACCCAUGA